GCUCAUCAGUACACCCAUCCUCUCAUUAUAUUAUAAACCUGUAAAAAAUGUCAAGCAGCUUGAAUAAUCAGUUUGAUGACCAGAUGGUAGUACUCAAUCACUAUUAUCCUGAUGUAUACACUCAGGUGGCAUCAGUACAAGGAUCAGAGACGAAACCAAGAAGAAGGCGCAAGAAUAAUAAAGCGGAGUCAAACAGCGGGUUUAGGAAGAGGAAACUUAGUGAUGAGCAGGUAAACAUGCUCGAGCUUCAUUUUCAAAAUGAACACAAAUUGGAGUCUGAGAGGAAGGAUAGGCUUGCUGCGGAACUUGGGCUUGAUCCACGCCAAGUAGCUGUUUGGUUCCAAAACAGAAGGACUCGUUACAAGAGCAAGAAGCUUGAGGAAGAAUACUCAAGAUUGAAAAGUGAACACGAGAAUGCUGUGUUUGAAAAGUGCCAACUGAAAACUGAAGUUCUAAAACUUAAAGAACGACUCUCAGAAAAUGAGGAAAAAAUGCAGAAGUUACUAGAGCAAUCCAAUGGGGCUUCAAGCAAUAGCCCGAGUUCUUCUUUUUCAGCUGAAAUAAUGGAACCACCUUUUCUUGGCGGAUUUGGAAUGGAAGGACUCGAAAGUGUCUUCUGUGUGACGGGAAACAAUUAUGACACUACCGGAAUGGAGUACUGGCAUAACUUUUAUGACAUAUAAUUAGAUUAUUUUAGCUUGUACAUAUUCAUUAUCCUAUGUAAAUGUUUCCUUGAUUUCUAGCAAGUGUUCCAUUGUGUAACUAGGGAAAUAUUGCAUAUUAAAUAACUUGCCUUUGACCA